UUACUAAAAUCGCCUAAAUCUCAGCACCAAUAAAAAUCACCUCUCAAUUAGUAUAGUUUUUUAAAGAAAAAAAGAAGUUCAAGAAAAAUCUUGAAGGUUCUUCAAUGGCAGAUCAUGAAGAUACUCUUGUGGAAGUGAGGGAAGCUGUGAUGCAUCCACCUAGUGGAGGAAACCCAACUCGCAGAAAAGCCCAUUUUUUGAAACCCCUUUUGAAAGAACAUGAUAAAGAUCUUCCUUCUCCACCUGGUUCACUGUUCUCCCCUGAGUCCAUUACUAAUAAAACAAGGUACCAAAUGAAGUCAUAUAAGAGGAACCCUACUGAAAACUGGAAGAUUUGGGUUGAAAGAUUGAAGCCCAGAUGGCAGGAAAUCUGGAAGCAAGCUGGGAUUUAUGAGGCAAUCUUGGCCUCAACUUACACGUUUUCGAAAGACAAAGACUUGAUCAUUGGGCUUGCUGAGAGGUGGUGUGCUGAGACUAACACCUUGGUUUUUCCAUGGGGUGAGGUGAGUAUUACUUUAGAAGAUGUUAUCUUUUUGGGAAAUUACUCUGUUUUAGGUGCUUCGUUUUUUAGUCCAGUAGCUGAUGAAAAUGUUUCUAUUUUGAGUGGCUUGAAAAGAGUUCAUAGAGAAUGUAGCAGAAAUCGUGGUCAAGUGGUCACUGCUUCUAAAUGGAUGCAGUAUUUUAUGUGUGGAGGUGAUCAGUUAGAGCAUGAGGCAUUUCUUGCAAUGUGGUUGUCUAAGUUUGUUGUCAUUUGCUCCGCGGAUCAUAUAUCUGUAAGGAAUUUUCAAGCUGCUAUUAAUCUCUCCCGAGGGAAUAGAAUUGCCCUAGCACCUCUUGUUCUUGCCAGCAUUUACAGGGACAUGAGGCUGUUACACAAUUCAAUUGUUGAGUCGGUUGUUGAAAUGAGCUUUUCGAUAUGUCAUGGUGAUUUGGUGCAUAUGUGGGCUUGGGAGAGGUUCCCGAAUCUGAGACCACCUCCAAGCGUGGUAGAAAGGGGAGAGCCUAGAUCAGCGCGGUGGAAUGGAGUGGAAAUCAUGAAAGUGAAAGAUAUGAGGGCAGCCCUGGACUCCGCAAAAGAGUUAUUUAUGUGGCGGCCUUACAGUAUAACUUCAAGCGAUUGUAUGUUGAGUAAUUUGUAUAGAGAUGAUGAACAAUGGGUAGUAGUUGAUUCUGAUGAAACAGAGUCAUAUGCUCGAUGCUUGAGAGUUUCUUGGCUUGUUGGGUCAGGCCAUAUCGAGCAGUAUCUCCCGCAUAGAGUAGCUAUGCAAUUCGGAUAUGACCAAGAUGUUCCUCCUCGUGUUGUUCUGCCUAACCAGAGUCCUGAAACGGCUUGGCGCAGUUAUAGGAGGCGUAUUAGAGGUACUAAACUAUAUAUCCCACCUCGACUUUUUGAGUCUGAUGUCUCCUCACGGUAUAUGGUUUGGUGGAAGAGCUUUAUGUCUGUCAAUGAAGAAACGCCUGGUUGUGAUGAGGAAAUCUCAGAGGAUGAAAUUCCAAUUGCUCAACUAAUGAGCCAGUCAAGAAAGACCAAGAACUCUGGGAAAAGGUUUAAUCUUGAACCGAAAGAAGAUGCAGUUAUGAGUAAAUGUGAUGAUCAUACAGAAGUGGAUCCUGACAAUUCGAAAGACUGUAAUUCAUCUGAAGCAGCACGAGUGGAAGUGAAGACGUUAGAUGCUCCAGAUUGUCCUUCUGAAGUUGCGGAAAGACAAGAGGAGUUUGUUGACGAGGAUAGUAUGACAAUCACACAACUUCUAAGUCGAUCAGAAACUAAUGGUUGUUUAGGCAUGACUCCUUCUGGUAAGCAGAAUAAGUGCAAUUCUUGUACUGGAAAUCCGACAGAUCUAGAAGCGGAUUCAGUUAUUGCAGUCGCGAAUGAUGAAGUUGUGAGGAAAGCUAGUUGUCCAGAGCAUAACAUUGUGAAUAUAAAAGAAGAAAGCUCUGGUAGUUCUCCAUCCGAAUCACCACAACUGGAUCUAGAGGCUCGUAUUUGGAGACUUGAGAAGAUCUUUGAGAUAAUUAAAGCUGAAAAACUAGCUGCCAGCUCGGGAAGAAUUUUAGGAUAAUGCUUACUCCAAUGUGUCUAGAAUACAACCGUCUUGAGUGUAUGAUUUGUAAGAACACAAAUAUUACAACCUUUUCAUUAUCAUCUGGAUAGCUACUAUAUUCAGCAUCUUUUGGCAAUCUUUUUUGUUUUCUCAGUUGCAGAGUUCAUGCUAUAAAUAUGCAUGUAAUAAUUC